GAGAAACAAGAACGAGGCUGCACCACCACAAAUCGCGCCGCUUCACACAUCUCACCCGCCACCAACUACUAUCCAACGCCUUCGGCCUCUCCCGUCCUGACUCGGACGGCCCUGGAUCACUCGACUGAGCUGCGGUGCCGAUACACUUCACCCCUCAUCACAGUGCCAAACACACCCCUAGUCUUUGCUCAUCACCCCGCCUGUUCGGCGUCGACUUGACUCUCAACAUGAGCCAUCCUUACCAGGACGUCCAAGAGAUCCAGCGCCAGAUGCAUCAGAAGCAGCAAGAACUGGCUAACCUCCACAACCUCCACAACUUUAUGCUCCAGCAGAAUGUAUCCGCACCACCCGCCCAGAGCAAUACCAUGAACCUGCUCCCUACCCAAGGCGACUACCAACUACAACUAGACGCAACCUUUAUCCAACAACAACAACAUUAUCAUCAGCAACAACUACAGUCAAAUGCCGUCCCUCUGGGCCGCCGGGCCACGAUCCCGAGGAGCAAGUCCAACAUGGGCUACUCCGCCGCACCGCCGAGAAUGAUGGAACGCAUCAGCGACGACUCGCCCCAGCCUGUCAAGCGCGCGAGGGUCAUGUCACAGCAGCACCCCCGCGCCGCGCCCAUGACGGGCAUGUCAAGAAGCGCGUCCAACAGAUCGGACAAGUCGAUUCCCUUUGUCGUCAAGGGUCCUCUGCAGCCCCUGCAGACAUCUUCAAAUCACUCCAACACGAUGAUGGAUCGCUUCUACCAAAGCCAAGACGACCCUCAUGUGCUGUUUGAGUCUUCCCUGCAGAGAGCGCCGUCAAAUCGUCGCCAUUCCGGUCUCUCGCCCGUCGAGGAACACACGACCUUCCCGGACCCCGGCGUCGGCAUGAACAUCGCCGACUACCUGGCCGCGCAUGACGAGAUACCCUCCCCCGCCAUGAUCCCGCCGCCGCAGCAAAACUUCCUCAACCCCUACGACGGCCGCAACUCGCAGGCCAGCCUCAUCACUUCGGCUUGCCCGUCGAUGAGCUCCGGUAUCUCCGCCGCCGAGACCAUGCCCUUGACGAGGGAAAACAGUUCCUUCGACAACCGCUUCGACAACCAGUCCCUCAACGGCGCGUUCGAGAUGGCGAGAAUCAACUCGGCACAGUCACAAGUCGCUGAUUACAUGCCUUCGGACAUGUACGCCGUCCCGGCUACUGGCACCUCGCCCAACGUCAAGCCCGAGAGCUACCUUGCCUACGUCGGCGCCGGCGCCAGCCUCUCCCCGCAGUACGCUCAGCAGUCGCCCAUGGAAGAACAAUUCCUCUCGCAGGGCUCCUCAAUGAUGGAGCGCUCCAUCUCCGCCAACAGCACUGCCUCGACAAAGUCGACUACCGAGCGUCGCGCAAAGGAGGCCCGCCUGCAGCAGAUCCAAAAUGCGCACCGGACCAAAAUCUGCCCCAAGCCCCUGGAGGCCGCCAAGCCAUCCCAGUCCGCAGCAGCUGCUGCAAAGAAGGAGGGCAAGGUUGCCGUGUCCAAGGGCUCCUACACUCGCCCCAAGCACCCCAAGGUGUUCUGCGAUAUGUGCAACGAGCAUCCCGACGGCUUCCGUGGCGACCACGAGCUGCGAAGACACAUCAAUGCAAAGCACGAGGGCGUCGUCAAGAAGUUUGUGUGCCGCGACCCUUCGACAGUGGGCAUUCAACCCGGUGUCCAGGCCAUCAACCCGCUCUCCAAAUGCAAGCAGUGCGUCGCUCGCAAGCAGUACGGCGCCUACUACAAUGCUGCAGCCCACCUCCGCCGCACCCACUUCAAGCCCAAGACCCCCCGUGGCAAGAACAAGAGGGGCGACGACGAGGAGAAGCGCGGCGGCAAGGGCGGCGGCGACUGGCCCCCCAUGAACGAGCUCAAACAGUGGAUGGAGGAGGUGUUUGUCACGGCCGACGACGAGGCUGCCGAGGCCGAUGCCGAGGCCGAGGCCCAGGAGGAGGACGAGGGAGAGGCCGUACAGUUUGACCCGUCGGCGUCCAUGGACCUCUCCCUGGGCCACAUGGGCGAAAACAUGACUUACGACAUGGGUUUCACGACGUCUUACCACAUGCCCGAGCUGGCGGCUAUCGAUACGUCUCAGGCGUCGUUCCUGGCCGUGUCCAACAUGCCGCUCUCGUCGGCGUCGGAAGCAUUCGCCUUCUCGCCUUUUACGUCCAACUCGCCAAUGAACGGUCUGUCGUCGCACGAGCCGGCCUUCUCCAUCUCAUCGUCAAACACGGUGACACCCACCACCUUCCAGGACCCGCUCGCUGAGGGGCUCGAUGGUUACGCCCUCUACUGACCAGCAUGUCGCAUCUCGUUGAUCUAAUUCUCUUCUUUUUCGGAUUUCUGAUUCAGCUUUGGGGUGUUGCGUUGUACCCCCCCUACCCCGCGACUGUGUACGGGAUCGGCGUUGGGCUGCGCUCAGGCAUUCGUUAGGCUGACUUGGCUUUUUGCAUGACGUGAGUCUGCCCAACAUCCACCCACAACCACAACCAACACCAUGGCGACCUGCAAGGUCAAGCAAGAAAAAAGAAAACAAUGAGGGAAAAAAAAAAAGACGACAGAAUUCCCUACCACCCGCAAUCAUGCUAUGUAUGGCAUCAUGAUCGGCGCAGGCACAGUGGCUGGAUGCUGGCCUAGUGGGAACACCAAGGCACUGCAGCUACCCAGCGAGUCACUUUCUGCGUUCCGUUUCUCAAUUUCUCACUCCCCUCCACACCACCCUUUUUUAUUAUUAUAUUUAUUUCUCGAUUUUUUCUCUUUAUCACUAUUGUACUCUGUCUCUUUUUUUUUUUUUUUUUGCUCCGCAGUGUGUCAGUGGAGAUACGUUUCACAUGGCUCAGUGAACUGUGGUGACAGCACUUCACGCCCACCCAACGAGCCAAACGCUUCGGUGGUGUGACCGAAGUUUGGAAAGCUGUACAUACAUGGGGACAUGGAUUGGACGCAAAGUCCUUUAGGAUCAAAAGGCUUGGUGCCGGUGACAGGGCUGGGGAUGUCACUCCUGGCGGCUUCGGCUUGGAUGGUACAAACUACAGGCGUUGUUUCCUCCGCAAGGAGGGUUGUUUUCAAGAGUGUCAUUUUGGUUUUUUUUCUGGAUUGUCCUGCAAGGUGUUGGGGAUAUGGUAUGUAUUUUGGGGUUGAUUUGGGUUGAAUGCCCCGUGGCGUUGUCAUGUAUAUACAUGGAGACCGUGAGGUCGGUUGGCUCAAGGCACGGCGUAUGUGCUUGUGCUGGAUAGUGUAAGGACCUUGGCAAUGUCCUGGAGGUGGUGUAUAAAGGUACCUAGCUCAAACAAGAAUCGGGUGUUUGGCACCUAU